GACAGGACGCUGUGAAGAGGAGGAGGAGAAGGAGAAGAAGAAGACAAGAAGAGGAGGAGGAGUAGAAGGAGGAGUAGUAGUAGAAGGAGGAGGAGGAGGAGGCGUGCAGCUCCUGCUACAGACUUGCGCUUUGUUCUUCUGGUCAGGGUUCAAACUUCCUGGAUCUGCUGUUGAGCGAGAGGAGAAAGAGGAGGUCUGAUCAGAGAGCUGAGGAGGAGCGACGCUGAACAGCACCUCCUCCUCGGCUGUAACAGUUGUUUCUGUGUGGCUCCUGCUUCCUGCUUCUUGCUUCCUGCUUCCUGCUGUUGGCUGAAGCUCUACUUCCUGCUCUGGACGAGCUGUCAGAAUGUGUGCCGGCUCCUGAGGAGCAGGAGCCAUGGAGCAGCAGCCUGAGGAGGAGCAGCAGCCUGAGGAGCAGCAGCCUGAGGAGGAGCAGCCUGAGGAGGAGCAUGCUGAGGAGGAGCGGCCUGAGGAGCAGCCUGAGGAGGAGCAGCCGGCUCAUAGCAGCACCUCCUUGCUGCAGGAUGGGGGAGAGGGGCCCUCCUCCUCCUCUACUUCCUCCACUUCCUCCUCCUCCUCCUCCUCCCCCGACGUGGAGCCGCCGCCCCCGGCCGCCAGCAGGACUUUCACCGGCCUGAGGAUCUUCGGCAGGAGGAAGGCCGUCGCCAAGUCGGGUCCGGAGGCUGCCGCGGCGACGCUCGGGCCGGCCGGCCCGCCGCCGGAGCCCAACAGCACCGUGGACUGGAGCGACAACGCCCAGUUCGGGGACCACAUCUGGUUUGAGACCAGCGGCUCUGGAGACUUCUGUUACGUGGGAGAGCAGUACUGCAUCGCCAAGUCCCUGCAAAAGUCUGUGGUGAGGAAGAAGUGUGCCGGCUGUAAGAUCUCAGUGCACACGCUGUGCAUGCAGCAGCUGGAGAAGAUUAAUUUCAGGUGCAAGCCGUCGUUCAGAGAACCUGGAGGUCGGGCGGUCCGAGAGUCCAACGUGGUGCGACAUCACUGGGUCCACCGCAGACGUCAGACUGGGAAGUGUCGCCAGUGUGGGAAGGGAUUCCAACAGAAGUUUUCUUUCCACAGCAAAGAGAUUGUUGCCAUCAGCUGCUCCUGGUGCAAACAGGCGUACCACAAUAAGGUGACGUGCUUCAUGCUGCAGCAGAUCGAGGAGUGCUGCUCUCUGGGAGCUCACGCUGCCGUCAUCAUCCCUCCUACCUGGAUCAUCAGGGUCCGCAAAACACAGUCGUCUUUAAAGUCGAGUAAAAAGAAGAAAAGGACGUCGCUGAAAUGCAACAAGUUGAGCAAGAAGGGCUCAGAGAUCCAAGAUGGCCGCUGGAAGCCCUUCCUGCUGAAGCCGGUGACCUCGCCGCUCAUGAAGCCUCUGCUGGUGUUCGUGAACCCCAAGAGUGGAGGGAACCAGGGAGCCAAAAUCAUCCAGUCCUUCAUGUGGUCCCUGAACCCCCGGCAGGUGUUUGACCUGACGAAGGGAGGACCCAGAGAGGGGUUGGAGCUAUGCCCCACCAAGCCCAACCUGAGAGUGUGUGUGUGUGCUCAGGUGGGCUGGAUCUUGUCCGUAUUGGAUGAGCUGAAGCUCCGCCCUCAACCUCCUGUGGGCAUCCUCCCUCUGGGUACCGGCAACGACCUGGCGAGAACUCUCAACUGGGGAGGGGGAUACACCGAUGAACCGCUAACAAAGAUCCUCUCACACGUGGAGGACGGAAACAUCGUCCAGCUGGACCGAUGGAACCUGAACGUUGAGGCGAACCCUGAGGCCCGGCCGGAGGACCGGGAUGAGCAUGAGACCGACAAGCUUCCCAUCGACGUCUUCAACAACUACUUCAGUCUGGGCUUCGACGCUCACGUCACGCUGGGCUUCCACGAGUCCAGAGAGGCGAACCCGGAGAAGUUCAGCAGCCGCUUCAGGAACAAGAUGUUCUACGCAGGAGCGGCCUUCUCAGACUUCCUGAGCGGGAGUUCCAAAGACCUCGCCAAGCACAUCCGAGUGGUGUGUGACGGUACGGACCUGACGGCCAAAGUCCAGGAGCUGAAGCUUCAGUGUCUGCUCUUCCUCAACAUCCCCAGGUACUGCGCCGGCACCGCGCCGUGGGGUCACCCCGGAGACCACCAGGAGUUUGAACCGCAGCGCCACGACGACGGCUUCAUCGAGGUCAUCGGCUUCACCAUGACGUCUCUGGCCACCCUGCAGGUCGGCGGUCACGGCGAGCGGCUCCACCAGUGUAAGGAAGUGACCCUGACCACCUACAAGUCCAUCCCCAUGCAGGUGGACGGAGAGCCCUGCAGGCUGGCUCCCUCCAUCAUCCACAUCGACCUGAGGAACCAGGCCGACAUGCUGCAGAAGACCAAGAGGAGGGUCUCCAUGCCCCACCUCAACGAUCAGCAGCCGCUUCCUGAGAAGCUCCAGAUCAAGGUGAACCGGAUCAGCAUGACGGCCUACGAGGCUCUGCACUACGACAAGGACCAGCUGAAGGAGGCCUCGACUCCUCUAGGAGUCAUCACCGUCCCCGGAGACAGCGACCUGGAGACCUGUCGUCUGUUCAUCGAGCGCCUGCAUGAAGACCUGGACCAGGACCAGCAGAGACUGGAUCAGUCCGGUGACGUGUCUCCACAGAAGUUGUCCAUGAAGUGGUGUUUCCUGGACUGUACCACUGCAGACCGCUUCUACCGGAUGGACCGGGCCCAGGAGCACCUGAACUACGUGACGGAGAUCUCUCUGGAGGAGAUCUACAUCCUGGACCCGGAGCUGGUCCUCCAGCAGACCGUGGCCACCUCUCCUGGAGUUCUGGACCCGGUGGACUCUGAGGAGCACCAGGACCAGGACCGGCAGACCCAGUUUGUCUUCCCCUCCUCGCCCCCGAGUUCUUCAUCGACCUCACACGACCUUCAACAAGAGUUGAUGGACUGCAUCAAGGCAGAAGACCUGAACCGGCUGACUGAGCUCCACCAGCAGGGGGCAGACAUCCUGCUGCAGGACGAGGCCGGCUGCUCUCUGCUGCACCACGCGGUGGAGGCCGGCAGCAAGGAGAUCCUCAAGUACCUCAUCGACAACGUGCCCUCGACUCACCUGGACGUCACGGAGACGCAGACAGGAGAGACGGCGCUCCAUAAAGCCGCCGCCUCCUGUCAGAGGAGCGUCUGUCACCUCCUGGUGGAGGCGGGGGCGUCGCUCAUGAAGACGGACCUGCAGGGUGAGACGCCCAAACGUCGCGCUGAGAAGGCCGACGACCAGGAACUGUCUGAAUAUCUGGAGAACCGCCAACAUUACCAGAUGAUCCAGAGGGAGGACCAGGAGACGGCGGUCUGAAGUCCUCCAUGUCUCAAGACCUCCACGUCUCAAGACCUCCACGUCUCAAGACCUCCACGCCUCAAGACCUCCACGUCUCAAGACCUCCACGUCUCAAGACCUCCACGUCUCAAGACCUCCACAUCUCAAGUCCUCCACGUCUCAAGACCUCCACGUCUCAAGACCUCCACGUCUCAAGACCUCCACGUCUCAAGACCUCCACGUCUCAAGUCCUCCACGUCUCAAGACCUCCACGUCUCAAGACCUCCACGUCUCAAGACCUCCACGUCUCAAGACCUCCACGUCUCAAGACCUCCACGUCUCAAGACCUCCACGCCUCAAGACCUCCACGUCUCAAGACCUCCACGUCUCAAGACCUCCACGUCUCAAGACCUCCACGUCUCAAGACCUCCACAUCUCAAGUCCUCUACGUCUCAAGUCCUCUAUGUCUCAAGUCCUCUAUGUCUCAAGUCCUCUAUGUCUCAAGUCCUCCAUGUCUCAAGACCUCCGUGACUCGGUUAGGGAGGCAGGAUACAGAAGGCCCAGAGAUCUCUGGAUGAAGGCGUGUGGAGACACUCUUGGGGAUUCAAAGACUCUCAGCUACAAACUGAACGUGUCUCUGGGUGAACCUGACCUUUGACCUCUGGUCUCCUCAGACCUUCUGGAUGUAUUUACUGCUCAUGUUUACUCCACAGAAAUAAGUGUUUGUUCACACGUUGGAUAUUUAACUUAGACUCAGAUGAAUUUAGCUAUUUAUGUUUCUUUUGUAGAGAUUUAAUUAAAAACACACGUUUUGCUUUGAGAUCAAACUCCGCAAAAGGCAUUUUAGAUAUAUACAUAUAUAUAUAUAUAUAUCUCAGACGACAUGAUAUUUGUUUCUGUUUCAUAAGUGUGAUUCCUUCAUGGUGACGUGUUCAGCCAGCUUCUGCCUCAGCGUAUAAGUAAUACAUGACGUCUUACUGUAUGAUAUUAUAAUAACUCUUCGCUGUAGUUUUAUCAUUUCUGACCUGCUGCAAUAAAAAGCAUCAGGAACCGUU